UAAAGGUAAAUUUUCGUUUUUGAGCUUUUGGGAAAACUUAAAGUACUCGUUAGAUGAUUUUUCUCGAAUUGCAGGUUACGGAAGACUCCAAAAUAACAACAAAUCUAUGCAACAACUGCUAUAGAAAAAUAAUAUUGUUUUACAAAUUUAAGGCUGUAUCUCAGAAGAACGAUGCUUAUUUGAAAUCUCUACAUCCUGAUUUACGCUUAGUGGACCGACAAUUAACCGUGUAUGUGGAUGAAUACGGAGUUAAACAUGAGAAUUCGUUAGAAACAGAUGAGUGUGGUCCAAGUUUAGUUGAAUGCAAUGCUGAAAUUAAAGUAGAAGGAAAUGUUAAGAAGGAAAACAUAUUAGAAUUAGAAUUUGGGGAACUUAAGGGUGAAGAAACAUUUGCGGGUGUUAACUAUGGAGACAUCGGGCCAUUUGAAGAUGCGCCUCAUGAAGAGCCGCUGUGUGUUAUACGAAAUAUUAAACAUGAAAAUAUUAGUAGUAGGAAUAAAGAAAAAGCCCCGAAACGUAAACAACAGAAUGGCGCUAACAAAAAAGAGAGACAAUGUAAAGGUACAAAUGUACAAGAGCGACAAAUAUGCGAAGAAUGUGGCAUGUCUGUGCUGGACCUGCAGGCGCACUCCAUCAGCCACCAGCCCAAGGAGGAGCGCCGGAUGCUGCAGUGCAAGGCCUGCCCCAAGAUGUUUGUCACUAAGGGGGGUCGGCACAGACAUUACAAGAUUGCUCAUUUAGGUCUUAAAUCUAAAUGUGACAUUUGUAAUAAAGUGGUGAUACACCUGACCGUACACAAGAUGCAGGUCCACAACCCGGACACGCUGCGCUACAGCUGCGCGUCGUGUGAGCGCCGCUUCAUAACGCAGGCCGCGCUCGACUUACACGCCACAGUACACACGAGGGAGCUGAAAUAUGAGUGUGAUAUAUGCCACAAAAGGUUUCGUUUGAGGAAUAGUAUAUCGAGACAUAUACGGGACUUCCAUCAAAAGGAAAAGAAUCAUCAAUGUAAAUUAUGCAAUAAGGCUUUUUUCGGCAUAGUGUCAUUUAAGACACAUUUAGAGUCGCACUCUAAUGAGCGGCUCUACAAGUGUAAAGAGUGCGACAAACCCUUUAAAACAAUGGAAUAUCUCAGGAAACACUCCCGAACCGUCCACAGUGACGUCAAGAACUUCAAAUGUGAACUGUGCGGCAAAACCUUCAAAAGAUCCUCUGACCGAAACACUCACAUGCGAACACACACAGGAGAGAAGCCGUACCCGUGUCGACACUGCGACGCGCGUUUCAGGCAAUCCAGUGCGCGCAACAGACAUGAGCUAGUCAUGCACGAGGAACUUAACAAGGUGUAAUGAUCGUGGUAAUUCAUGUCACAUGCACCGUCAAUUAUCGCUGCUCGCUUGCCUAUAUACCUACCGACCUUGUACCAAUGCUGUUUCAUUUAGCUUCUGUUGGGUGGACCGUGGAGGCGUGGACCAUCCCGACCCGACGACAUUCAAAAGUUUAUAUCGAAAGGGAAUGGCGCUGCUUCAAGAGAGACCGAGGUGUCUAUAGCGAGCUUUAGCACUUUCUAAAUACAAUAAGCUACGUUUUAUUUUAUGUGUUAAAUAUAUUAAUCAUGUUACAUUAAAUAUAUAGUACC